AUGUCGUGGAAGCCAUCUGAAAAGCUGAUGUCAACAAUCUCUCAUUAUGCCAGCUUCCCACCCACCAGCGUCAGUCUUCGACAGAUGGUGCAGUUUGGCGAGAAACCCUCGACUGGCACCCUCUUCCGAGCUUCUCAGUUUCUCUCCGAAGAGCUUCCCGUUCGGCUUGCACACCGCGUUGAAGAGUUGGACCGGCUACCAGAUGGUCUCAAUGACAUGUCAUCAAUACAAAAGGUCCGAAACUGGUACGCCCAAUCAUUCGAAGAGAUCACCACUAUGCCACGGCCGGAAUUAGACGCAGACACGCGCAAUCGUCUCCUCAACCCUCCGAAAAAAGCGAGCAAUAGACUUUCCGUCACGACUCGAAAUCCUAGCCUGCGGUACGAUGACAAUGGCAACGGGAAGAGCUCAUUAAACUCUCGAAGAUAUUAUGCCGCCACAGAUGAUGGACAGGAGUGGCCUCCUGGGCUCGCAGAAUACAAUCGCAAGUUCGCUCGCACGCUCGAUUUGAUCAAACGUAGGCACGACCCGGUAGUCACAACGGUCGCCCAAGGUAUCAACGAGUGGAAGAGAAAGCAGCAGCGUACGCAAAUCGACUCGUCCAUACAAUCAUUCCUCGAUCGCUUCUACAUGUCACGCAUCGGAAUCCGGAUGCUGAUCGGCCAACACAUUGCCUUGACAGAACAGCAGACACAUAGACAUCCCAACUAUGUCGGCAUAAUAUGCACCAAGACCAAUGUCAAAGAGCUUGCGGAAGAGGCGAUUGAGAAUGCUCGAUUUGUGUGCGAAGACCACUACGGACUAUUUGAUGCACCCAAGGUGCAGUUGUUUUGCAAUCCUAACCUCAAUUUCAUGUACGUCCCUGGCCAUCUAUCACACAUGCUGUUCGAAACGCUCAAGAACUCUUUGCGAGCGGUCGUCGAAACCCAUGGUGCCGACAAGGAGGAGUUUCCGGUAACCAAGGUCAUUGUUGCGGAAGGCAAGGAAGAUAUCACCAUCAAAAUCAGCGAUGAAGGAGGUGGCAUUCCCCGAUCGGCUAUUCCGCUGGUCUGGACCUACAUGUAUACUACCGUCGACACCACGCCCGAACUAGAUCCGGGCUUUAAUGCUAGUGACUUCAAGGCCCCGAUGGCUGGGUUCGGAUAUGGGCUGCCUAUCUCGCGCCUGUAUGCACGAUACUUUGGAGGGGAUUUGAAGUUGAUUUCCAUGGAGGGAUACGGCACGGAUGUCUACCUCCACCUCAACCGUCUUUCGUCCUCCUCGGAACCUCUACAAUAA